AUGAAUUUAAAAAAAUCUGUCGAUGUUCAAUUUGCAUUGAACAUUACUCCAGGGAUUGGCAUCCUAAAGCCUUCUAAUGAACGUUCAUCUUACGAUGAAUUGUCAAGUAUGUGGCCACGGCCGUAUCAAUUAACUAUUAAUGAAAAUGAGUUAAUCAUGCCAGCGUAUAAUUCUCGACGCGCUGUGCAAUAUCGAAAUAACCCAACUUUCUUCUCACCGCCGAGACCCCCAAAUGAAUUCGUUUUAUUUAGGAAAAAUUUUUACGCAAAACUUAAGUCAGACGGACUAAAAGUUGAUAAUAAAAAAAUUUCUGGUCUUGCAUCGAAAGACUGGAGGAAUCAACCUCCAUCC